CUUGAGUUGCUUCCUCGCUUCACGCUCGAUUUCCGACCAUUCUUCCCUUAUUAAGUAUUCGUGUAAUAUUAAUAGUCAUGAAUAUCUGCUAUUAGGAGUCCAAAGGAAGACGCUGCUCUUCGCUAAUAUGCGCCCAAGCGAGGGAACAGCUCACUGACAGAGCGAGGCGAUGGAAAAGGGAUAUAAGAAACUUUAAACAGUAACCGGCAACACAUAAACGCUGCAUUUUAACAACAAAUGAAGAAAACUGGAAAUUUACCCAAACUCUGAUGGAUUAUCGUGGUUCUUCUUCGCGUAUUUGAAUACUGGGUUCCGUGACCUCGACGCAGAACUCAGUCCUGGGUUUAUUUCAAUUGCUCGUUUAUUUUCGUUGUUUUGCCAACGCUUCUCUUUCUGCAAUUCUCGUAUUUUGAAACCCUCGGAAAUCUUCGCAGAUGUUAGUGCACAGUUUUUCCGCGAUGGAUCGUCACGACGGUACCAGCAAUGGGACAGCCAGGUUACCUCAGCUGGGCAGCGUGGGUCAGUCUCCUUACACCAGCGCCCCUCCACUUUCCCACACGCCCAACUCAGACUUCCAACCGCCAUACUUUCCGCCGCCCUACCAGCCCAUCUAUCCACAGUCUCAGGACCCAUAUUCGCACGUCAACGACCCGUACUCCAUCAACUCUUUGCACGCCCAGCCCCAACCACAGCACCCAGGCUGGCCUAGUCAGCGGCAGAGCCAGGAGAGUAGCUUGCUUCACCAGCAUCGCGGCUUGCCCCACCAACUGUGUAGGGAGUACCGGAGAGAAGUGCUUCUCCCGUCGGGUCACGGUAUCGAGACGGGACUCACAGAUUCUAUCCCCAUCCAUGGAAUACCUCAUUCUUUAGACGAUGUUCAGCACGUUGAGGAUCAAGGAAUUCACAUUCCCGACCAAACCGUAAUCAAGAAAGGUCCGGUUUCCUUAUCCAAGAACAACAGCAACGUUUCGGCCAUACCGAUAAAUAAGGAUGGUCUUUUUGGCGGCGUGGUAAAUCCAAAUGAAGUUUUCUGUUCUGUUCCGGGUCGUCUAUCUCUUCUUAGUUCCACAUCAAAAUACAAGGUCACAGUUGCGGAAGUGCAGAGACGCCUUUCGCCUCCCGAGUGCCUCAACGCGUCUCUGCUCGGCGGGGUGUUGAGAAGGGCAAAAUCUAAGAAUGGAGGAAGAUCAUUGAGGGAGAAACUCGAUAAAAUAGGAUUAAAUCUACCGGCGGGAAGACGCAAAGCUGCAAACGUUACCCUUCUGACGUCACUGGUAGAAGGCGAAGCCGUGCAUCUUGCCAGAGAUUUCGGUUAUGUAUGCGAGACCGAAUUCCCAGCCAAGGCAGUAGCUGAAUAUGUAAACCGUCAACAUUCCGACCCAAAUGAACAAGUCCAAAGAAAAAACAUGUUAUUGGCAACGAAACAAAUCUGCAAAGAAUUCACCGACCUGCUCUCCCAGGACCGCUCGCCUCUGGGGAAUUCACGCCCACAGCCCAUACUCGAGCCCGGGAUUCAGAGCUGUUUGACCCACUUCAGUCUCAUUUCGCACGGAUUCGGGACGCCCGCCGUGUGCGCGGCCGUCACCGCGCUGCAGAACUAUCUGACCGAGGCUAUCAAAGCAAUGGACAAAAUGUACCUCAACAAUAAUCCCAACAGCCACUCCGAGUCGGGCACUAAAGGCGGAGACAAAGAUGAGAAGCACAGAAAGUGAUAUCCAACCAUUAGACCGCCAAGUAAAUAUUAUAAAUGCAUAUAAAAUACACUAGUGAUCAAGAUGACAGUGUGCCACUUACCGAUCUUGACAAUUUGCAACAUGUCUGAUUUCUUUUCAAAACCACAAUUUAACCUGGAAUUCGCGGAAGACUUAUUUAUCUAAAUCUGAAGAAAAUAAGAGGUGGCAGUGAGGCGCAAGAACCAGUUCCUGACAGGAGGCGCGUGAGAGAAGAAAAAUAGAUUUGCCAAAAGAGGACUUUUAAUGAACUCCCACUUUUUAUGAGCUGCAACGGACUGAAAUCUAGCCACCCAAUUCACGAUUCACGAUUGUAGCCAAGUGACAAAAAGAAUCUGAAAGAGGAUGAUUUUCUAUCAGUAUUGUGAAUAAUAAACUUGAAAAAGUUCCACAGUUCCAUGCCAUGACUCCAGACAUAGACGCUUCACUCUGAGCGACCGACUUGAACUUUGAAUUUCAACACGAUUCACGGUUAUAUGAGGGAAUCUGUGUUCAUGUAUGUAUAUAUUUAUUUAUGUGUAAUUUAACGGGAACUGUAAAUAUGGUGCGUCUGUUGAAACUUCUUUUUUAUUUAUCUGGUGCCUCCUGUUUUAGUGGGUUUGAAUAUUCGCUUAGUUAUUCAUGUGGUUUUAUGGUUCUUAGAAAACAGAAGUUUGGGGUAUUUUUUCUCUGGGAUAUUUCAAUUCAGCCCUCUUGUAGCAUGUUGAGGCGUCAUUGAAGCAAGUGAACAAAUUUAAUGGAAAUAAACGUCCGUUUCUCUAUAUAUCAUCCUUAUGCCAUUCCGUUUUAAAUCGAAAAAGAUCACAGGAGAGACCCCGACAAGACUAGUUUUGUGUUUCUAUUUUCUUGUUUUUAUACGAGCUUUUACGUGUUGUGCCAAUCAGAAUACGUUUCACCUCUUGUUCUUCCCUUGAAGCACCAUAAGAGCAAUAAAUGGAUAGCCUAUUGUCCUCGGAACUCUUUCUUUUUUGAGAAUUUCAAAACAUUUGGGACCAUCUGAUAUCUUGUAUGUCCAAUGUCGAAUUGGAGGCGGUUUUAUCUGUAUUGUAUAGGCCUGUGCUGGCAAUAGUUCCCAUGCCUGUCAAUGUAUUAUAGUCAUUUGUUGCCCAGGAAAAAAAUAAAUAUUUGAUACGC